AUGCUUGACACGUUAGAGGACGAUCAAUAUGCAUACCGGCAAAAGAUCAACCACUACUACCCUUUCCAUGAUGAGGGCGAGUGGGAAUUGGGGAAGUUCUUGGUUGAAAACCUCACUCAAACACAAAUCACCAAGUUUUUGAAGCUGAUAUGGUUUAACAAUCACGCAAGACCGUCUUUCACCACGAAGGAUAAACUCUUAGAUUGGAUGGACUCGCUCCCCUGUUUUACAGAGUGGAAAGUAUCCAAAAUAGAGUUUUCAGGCUACAAGACAGUCCACCCCAUCGAACUCAUUUGGCGCAAUGCACUGGAGGUAGUCAAACAACUCUUUAGCGACCCAAUCUUUGCGAACCAUAUGACCUUUGACCCACACCGUGUCAAUGUUGGAGAUCAGUGUGAAUACGGAAAUUACAUGAGUGCCGAUAUGGCAUGGAAAAUCCAGGACCAUCUCCCUAUUGGUGCGACCCAAGUGCCAAUUAUCUUGGGAUCUGAUAAAACCCCCAUCACACAAAUUACUGGAGGACUCGAGAUGCACCCGAUUUUUGUCACCCUUGGUAAUAUCAAUUCGGAGGUUCGCUCCAAAGCAACUUUGCGAGCUUGGCGCUGCGUUGCCUACAUGCCGAUCUCUAAGUUCCGUGUGCAUCCGGAUUAUCAGAGCAUUCUCCAGGCACGGCUAUGGCAUAAAUGCAUGGACCUAAUUUUUGCCAACCUCAAGGCCGCGGCAGCAGGAGGAUGUUUCAUGACUGACCCUUUCAGAUAUAUUCAUCGUGUUUUCACGCCACUUGUCGCUCAUGUAUGCGACCUGCCAGAGGCCACCAUGAUCGCUGCAGUUGCUAAAAAUGCAUCCCCUCUGACUAUGGCGACCAAAGAGGAUUUUGUUGAUCCUUGGGACCUCGACAAGUUCCAGAAAGCGGCCAAAGCUCUCAAUCUGUCUGGAGUUCACAUGCCAUACUGGCGCGAUUGGAUAUAUGCAUGUCCAUCUGUCUUCCUCGCGGGUAAAAUUCUCCAUACCUGUUUCAAAUUCUUCGCCGAUCAUCCGCUAAAAUGGGUGAAGGAGGCUGUAGGAGCUUACAAGCUUGAUUCCCGCUUCAUCGUUCAGCACAAGCAGGUUGGCACACACCACUUCGUGAAAGGAAUCAUGCACAUCAAGCAAAUGACAGGCCGUGAACACCGGGAUAUACAACACACCAUCGUCGCAUCAAUUGCAGGCACUGUUCCUCCUGAAUUCAUUCGUGCAAUCUGCGCCCUUGUAGACUUUGCGUACCUCGCACAGAAUCCAGUUCAUUCGCCCCAAUCACUCCAAGCAAUGACGCAGGCACUUUCGGAUUUUCACUCUUUCAAAAACGCUAUCGUCGCUGCGGAAGCAAGGAAGGGGAAGAAGGGUGUCAAAGCCAAUUUCUUCAUCCCCAAACUCGAGCUAAUGCAGAGCUUUGAGGGUACGAUCAGGAGGUUGGGAACAUUGAUGCAGUUUUCAGCAAAUACGACGGAGCGAUUGCUCAUCACACACUGCAAGGACCUUUUUCCACGGACAGCUCAACAGAGCAAAGAUUUUACAGAACAAUGUGUUCGCAUUCUUAAUCGUCAAGAGUCGAUGGAAAUAUUUGAUUUGUAUGCAUUGCUGACUUCUCGGGGGGCGCCACUGGUCAAUGCCAUACACGCUGAAGAUGAGGAGGUCACAACUACUAAUCCUGCACUUUCCUGGGUCUCCCGCGUUCUCCCUGACGAAGUCAAAUCGGUUCACGGUCCCCGACCAGUCCGUAAUCACUUUCUAAAGGGCAUUCUUUCUGGAGACGCUCUCACCGCAUUUCAACUGAAUGUUACGCCAGAUUAUAAAUCACUCGUUGAGCACACCCACUGGGACCCCAAAUAUGGGCGCUUCCAGGCGUGGAACAAAUUAUGGCUGCAGCUUCACUUGGCCUUCCAACCACGGGUCAUCAUGCCAAGCAGAGUAGUGCAAGUGUACCCGCCGAGUGACAAUUUCCCCUUGGGCAAUUGUGACACUGUUCUCGUCGACAGCCCGGGCGCUGAUGGCAACAUGACGAGUUAUGUCACCCAAGUUCGACUGAUUUUUCAGCCGACGAUCCGAAAAGGGUCUGACCUGAAACUACCAUCAUCCCUCUCUGAUCCACUUCUCUAUGUCCAGUUUUUUCGCUUCGUUUCCCAUCCUGAAGAGCGUCCUGAACUCAUGAUGUGGACUGUGGAAUGUGCAUACACACAUGGCAAAAAUGGUAACCGCCAUCGUGAGGGAGCUGUCGUGCGAGUAACGGAUGUAACACAUGCGGUUGAAUUGAUUCCAGACUAUGGCAAGGCAGUGGACAAGAGCAUGUCCUCUGCAACAUGUUUGGAAAGCUACGAGCGUUUCUUUCUGAAUAAUUUUGCAGACAAAGAGAGUUAUCAUGCAUUCAGUACCGAGUUUGUAUAG